AUGGAUAGAGACGGAAAGACACAGAUUAAACGGAGAUCCACGAGGUCGUCCUCUUGCACCUCCCCUACGGAGGUUUCCAAGGCUGAUGCCAAGGAUCCGCCGUCGCCGUCCAUAAACGACCUUGUUUUCCCCGGCGAGUUCGUAAGCCUUGAGGAUGUAAUCAGCUCCUUCCCCGGUAGGCGAAAGCAAAUCAACGAGUUGAUGAGGUGUUUAGGUCCUUUGAAUUCUCCCAUGCUCCCGUUGUUUGUCUAUGGAGGUGCUUCGACCGGGAAAACAAGCAUCGUGCUCAGUACAUUCAAGCACCUGAAGCGCCCGUUCGUGUACUGUAGCUGCAUAACCUGCUACAGUCCGAGAAUACUGUUCGAGUCCUUGUUGAAUCAGCUUUUGCUUCACGUGAAGAACGAGAGCAACGGUUAUUCUAGUGCCAAGAGAUGUGAAAAGCCAUCCGAUUUCGUGAAUUUGCUGCGUGAAGCAUUGGGUACGCUUAUGGACAGCCUGAAGGGGAAUAAAGGGAAAUCUGGGUCUAAGAAAUCGUCCUCGACGGUUAAUGGAAGUAUGGUUUACUUGAUAUUCGAUAAUCUAGAAGUUGCCAGGGAAUGGGACAAGAGUUUUAGUAUGAAUACUCUUUUGUUUAAUCUGUACGGCAUGCUGAAAAUGCCAGAGGUUGGGCUGAUCUUCAUUGGUAGAACUUCCCUCGACACAUUUUCGUCAGACACGGGUUUUGCGGAGCCGUUUCCUGUCUAUUUUCCCGAGUACACGGAAGAUGAUUUGCGCCACAUAUUCAUGAAAAACCAAGCGAAUCCCAAGUUAUAUUCGUCUUUCCUGGAUUUGGUGUUGAGGCCUUUCUACAGGAUUACGAGACGGGUUGACGAACUACGUACUGCCUUUUCACCUCUAUUUAAGAAGUAUUGUGAACCUCUUGAGGAUUUGGGAACUGUUCCGAACGAGGAUAUGAAGAGAAAAUUAUUCAGUCAUAUCCAACCAUUUAUUUCGCGGUCCCUGAACGAGAUGUUUAGCGUUUCUUCUCAGCCUUUACUCAAAGACUUGGGAAGCAAAGAAAAGAACCUGAAGAAGAGCAUUACUAGGAAACCGGGAAUUUGUGAAGCUUUAAACGAGUUAGAUUUUCAUAUGUCAACUUCUGCAAAAUAUCUUCUAAUUUCUGCAUUUCUUGCUUCAAGAAAUCCUGCAACUCUUGAUGCAUCACUCUUCGAUUCAACCGGAGAAUUGGAUAACCGAAAAAGAAAGAGAAAGAGCUCGGAAAAGUCAAUGGAGCAAAAGGAAAUUAAAGAACAAGAGCAACUCAUGAAAGGACCUGGAACAUUCCCACUCGAAAGGUUGUUUGCCAUAUUUCAGUGCAUCACAUCGGUUGCUGAAUGUUCAGCUGAAGGUGAAGAUCUAGAAAGUGGUGGUUUUGGAGCCGAUGACUCUAACAGUGGAUUAAUGUCCGACAUUCUCUUGCAACUAUCCAGUCUAUGCAGUGCGAAUUUUAUCACCAAAGGAGGGAGCUGCCCACUUGAGGGCUCGACACGGUACCGAUCCACAGUAUCCGAAGACAUGGCUUUAAAGUGCAGUCACCGGGUUUUUCACGUGUUUGUUGAUCCGACGGUGAAAAAAGGUCGAACCCUCAGCAGGAAAUUCAUGGCUGAAUGGGGUUGA